GCGCAUGCGCGGCGCUGCGGGGGAGGGGAGCGCUGAUGCAAGAGGCGAGCGCGGCGGUCGCAGGCGAGGGCCGGCCGCGUCCCUGAGCCCCGCAGCUCCUCGCUCCCGGCCUCUCCUCUCCUCUUUCUCCUCCGCCGCCUCCCGCUGCCGGCCGCAGCCAUGUCGGGCGACGAGAUGAUUUUUGAUCCUACUAUGAGCAAGAAGAAGAAGAAAAAGAAGAAGCCGUUUAUGUUGGAUGAGGAAGGAGGGGAUACACAAACAGAAGAGACUCAGCAGUCAGAAACAAAAGAAGUUGAACCAGAGCCAACAGAAGACAAAGAUGUUGAAGCAGAUGAAGAAGACAGCAGGAAGAAAGAUGCAACAGAUGACUUGGAUGAUUUAAACUUCUUCAAUCAAAAGAAAAAGAAGAAGAAGCCAAAGAAGAUAUUUGAUAUAGAUGAAGCGGAAGAAGGCGUAAAGGACUUAAAAAUUGAGGGAGAUGUACCAGAGGUAGUAGAACCUGAAGAUGACCUUGAUAUCAUGCUGGGCAAUAAGAAGAAGAAGAAAAAGUAUGUGAAGUUUCCAGAUGAAGAUGAGAUAAUGGAGAAGGAUGAAGCUUUUGAAGAUGAAGACAGCAAAAAAGAUGAUGGAAUUUCUUUUAGUCUUCAGUCAGGACCUGCGUGGGCAGGCUCAGAAAGGGACUACACGUAUGAUGAGUUACUCAAUAGGGUAUUUAACAUCAUGCGGGAAAAAAACCCAGAUAUGGUAGCUGGAGAAAAACGGAAAUUUGUCAUGAAGCCUCCACAGGUCGUAAGAGUAGGGACCAAGAAAACAUCUUUUGUCAACUUUACAGAUAUCUGCAAAUUAUUACAUCGUCAGCCAAAACAUCUCCUGGCGUUUUUGUUGGCAGAAUUGGGUACAAGUGGCUCAAUAGAUGGUAACAACCAACUUGUAAUCAAAGGAAGAUUCCAGCAAAAACAGAUAGAAAAUGUCUUGAGAAGAUAUAUCAAGGAAUAUGUCACCUGUCAUACGUGUCGGUCACCAGACACAAUCCUACAGAAGGACACCAGAUUAUAUUUCUUGCAGUGUGAGACCUGCCACUCUCGCUGCUCCGUCGCCAGCAUCAAAACUGGUUUCCAGGCUGUCACAGGCAAGAGAGCACAGCUCCGUGCCAAAGCUAACUAGUUUGCUAAUCAACACUGGAUUUUGCAAAGUGUUCUGGGGAGAUAUGACUGGACAGGUUUACAAUCGGAAUGGAUUUACCAUUGUAUUAAAACAAGAUUGUAAAAACUACAAGAAAUUUGGCUUUUGAUUGAUUGGUCUGUGAAAUCCUUGCAAGAUGCAGAUCCUCAAGCUGUUCACAUACAUUUGCUCAUUGAAUAUAUUUUACCAACUAUAAAGAACGUGAUGGGAAAGGAGGUGCUUUUUAAUCCAUUCAGACUUCUGUAAAACACAAGAUAAAUUAAAGAUACUGUAACAGUGAGUGUCUUCGAUUUGGAUUUUUCCUUCAGUUUCCUAUUUAAACAGUUGAUGGGAAUGGUUGGUGUGUUGUCCUUUCAGAUCAUGUCACUGAACUAUACUCAGAUAGAAGUUUAAGGUUAUUUUGCCUUUGUGAGAUGGCUGAUUUCUAGGUAGGCUAUUAUUAAACAGAGAAACCAUUCACAAAACAAGGAUGAUACUCCAACAUGAGAACUGCUUGUGCUUUUAUAGCUGCAUUAGUAUGGGAACACAUUUUGCACAGAAAGUGACAUCAAGACAGGUUGAUGCUGCUUUAUAAGGCAGAAUAAAGCUUUGAGCUAGUUCAGACACCAUAUUGAUGCUGAAUCUUAACACGGGAUUGAUAACACAAUUGCUGUAUUGUAAGCUUUCAUAGUGUCAUAGUACUAAAUUUUGCAGUUUCUAAUAGAAAAAUGUUUAUAUUUCUUAAGUCCUGCACUCUUUACCACUUUAAAAAAAAUAUCUAAAUGCAGCAAAAAAGAUUGUAGGAAACAUUGUUAUAUGAUGGCUGCAACACAGUUAUAUAUAUCUUGAAUUUAACAGAAGAUACUGCCAAGUAGUUUGUAUUCCAAAUUAACGCAUUGACAUCUUUUGAUUAUAAAACGUACUUAUCUCUGCUAGCAGUCAGUAUCUGUAAUCUCUAGGGGACGUGCAUAGUGCUGUCCUGACUAGUUUUUUAGUGCUGAAAAAAAAAUUGUUACAGCUGCCAAGUGUGAAGAUACAAAUGGGGAGUGAAAUCCCUUAUGAGUACUGUAAUGGGGAGGAAUAGAAGUCAACUGUCGUUUAACCACUCCUUGAAACAGUGCAGGGUUAGGAUAAGGUGCAAUAGCUCAGGAGUGCUGACAUCCAUCCCUGCAGGUAAGCAGAGUAGCGUCCUCCCCAGAGAAAAUGGUGGUCAUUUUGAACAUGAUUCAUCAAAUAACAGAAACAAAGGUUUCUACCAAGUUUUAAUCUUUGUAUGUAUGUUAACACACAGCACAGUUUUUCUGGGAAGUCACUUGCUAUUUGAAAACUUGACAGCACUACAAGGCAAAAAUCAAAGUUUUAUAGUUGGUUUCUUAAAAGCAUUUUGAAUUUCAAGUGAGCUAUAACAAAUGUUGGAUGUAUCUUUAAGUGAAUAAAGCCAGGAUCAGUGCCUCUUGUAACAUUA